GGCACUGCGUGUCCCAUGGGCAUCGCCAGCCAAGCGCGAGCGGACGCUCCCCGGUCCUUUGAGGGCCCCCGGGGGGGCUGUGAGCGCGGCCCCCGGUGCCGGUGCCGGUGCCGGCCGCCCCGCCGCGCCGCACGGAGCAUGCCUCUGAGCCCCGCCGGCAGCAAACAUGAGAGCCCGGAGUCGCCGCCACCAGAGCCGCCGCCGCCACCGGAGCGACAGCCCCGCGCCUCCGCCGGGGAGCCGGGCUCCGGCCUGCGGGAGGAGACGCGCCUGGACCCGAUCCGCGGCCCCGCCGGGCCCCGCUCCCCCAAGCUGGCGGCCCCGGCGCGCAUGGAGGAGCCCGCGCCCGGCGCCAUCGUCGUCCGCAUCGGCAUCCCCGACCUCCAGCAGACGAAGUGUCUGCGGUUGAAUCCGGACGUUCCCGUGUGGGCCUCCAAGCAGCGCAUUCUGUGCACCCUCAACCACAGCCUGAAGGAUGUGCUCAACUACGGGCUCUUCCAGCCAGCCUUCAAUGGCAGAGCAGGGAAGUUCCUGGAUGAGGAGCGCCUGCUGCGGGAGUACCCCCUGAAUCCCGACACUCCCGUCCCCUACCUGGAGUUCCGGUACAAGCGGCGUGUGUACACCCAGGCUUUACUGGAUGACAAGCAGUUUGCCAAGCUCCAUACCAAGGCAAACCUGAAGAAGUUCAUGGAAUAUGUGCAAAUGCUGAACGCAGAGAAAGUCUGCAGGCUGCUGGAGAAAGGACUGGAUCCCAACUUCCACGACCCGGAUACUGGAGAGUGUCCCCUGACGGCGGCGGCUCAGCUGGAGCUCAGCACUGAGAUGAUCAAAGCCCUGCGGAACGGGGGAGCGCAUCUGGACUUCCGCACACGGGAGGGAAUGACGGCGCUUCACAAAGCCGUGCGGUGCCGCAACCACGCAGCGCUGCUGACACUGCUGGAUCUGGGGGCCUCCCCAGACUACAAGGACAGCCGGGGGCUGACACCACUGUACCACAGUGCCAUGGUGGGUGGGGAUCCCUACUGCUGUGAGCUGCUGCUGCACGACUACGCUCGGCUGGGCUGCGUGGAUGAGAACGGCUGGCAGGAGAUCCACCAGGCUUGUCGCUACGGCCACGUUCAGCACCUGGAGCAUCUUCUCUUCUACGGCGCCGACAUGACUGCGCAGAACGCCUCAGGAAACACCGCUCUUCACAUCUGUGCUCUCUACAACCAGGAGAGCUGUGCUCGGGUUCUCCUCUUCCGUGGUGCAAGCAAAGAGAUCCGCAACUACAACAGCCAGACAGCCUUCCAGGUGGCCAUAAUUGCAGGAAAUUUUGAGUUGGCUGAAAUCAUCAAAACCCACAAAGAGUCCGAUGUUGUGCCUUUCAGAGAAACCCCCAGCUACACGAAGCGGAGACGGAUCCUCGGUGCCGGUGGCCUCUCCUCCCCUCGAAUUCUGCAACGCUCGGCCAGCGACAACAACCUGAAGGCAGAGAGCCGGGCGUCUUACUCUCCGGUGCCCUCCCUGCGCAGCCUCCCCCCCCAGCUGCUGGCCCAGAUGCAGGAGGCUGCGGUGGGGGUCAGUGGUGGGGAUGGCAGCCUGGCCAGCUCCGGCAGCGCCCGCAGCGCCCACAGCCGCUCGCCGUCCCUGCAACGUGUGCAGGAGGAGAAGGAGGUCGACUUGCCCACGCUCCGGAGGAGCAGCCGCGGCAAGGCCAGCCCCGGCGGCCCGGCGGGUCCCCCCGGGCCCGGCCCCGGCCCCGAGCCCGCGCCGCACGCCGCGCCCGCCCCGCUGCGCGGCCCCAAACGGAAGCUGUACAGCGCCGUGCCCGGCCGUAAGUUCAUCGUGGUGAAGAGCUACGCGCCGCAGGGCGAGGGAGAGAUCCAGCUGAACCGGGGAGAAGCCGUCAAGGUGCUGAGCAUUGGCGAAGGUGGCUUUUGGGAAGGAACUGUGAAAGGAAGGACCGGCUGGUUCCCAGCAGAAUGUGUCGAGGAGGUGCAGAUGCGACAGUACGACCCGCGGCAAGAAACCAGAGAAGACAGAACAAAGCGUCUCUUCCGACAUUACACUGUGGGCUCUUACGACAAUUUCACCUCUCACAGCGACUACAUCAUCGAGGAGAAAACGGCCGUGCUGCAGAAGAGGGAGCAUGAGGGAUUCGGGUUUGUGUUGCGCGGGGCCAAAGCUGAAACCCCCAUCGAGGAGUUCACCCCGACGCCAGCCUUCCCCGCGCUGCAGUACCUGGAAUCCGUGGACGUGGAGGGCGUUGCGUGGAGAGCGGGGCUGCGAACGGGAGACUUCCUGAUUGAGGUGAACGGAGUCAACGUGGUGAAGGUGGGGCACAAGCAGGUGGUGUCGCUGAUCCGCCAGGGGGGGAACCACCUGGUGAUGAAGGUCGUCUCCGUCAGCCGCAAGCCUGAGUCAGAAGAGGUCGUUCGGAAGAAGGCUCCGCCGCCUCCCAAGAGGGCGCCCAGCACCACGCUGACGCUGCGGUCCAAAUCCAUGACGGCUGAGCUGGAGGAGCUGGCCUCCAUGAGGAGAAGAAAAGGGGAGAAACUGGACGAGAUCCUGGCGGCCGCCGAACCGGCGCUGAGGGCGGACAUCGUGGAGGCGGAUUCACGGGCGGCCACGGUGAAACAGCGCCCGACCAGCCGCCGCAUCACCCCGGCGGAGAUCAGUUCCCUCUUUGAGCGGCAGGGCAUGGCGGCCCACGCGGGGGUCCUGGCAGGAGCUGAGAAACCCCACGUGUCACUGCGCAAAGGGAUCCCGAGGACCAAAUCUGUAGGUGAAGACGAGAAACUUGCUGCUUCUUUGCUGGAUGGGAAGUUUCCGCGGAGCACAUCGAUGCAAGACACUGUUAGGGAAGGGCACGGGAUCCCACCGCCCCCCCAGACGGCCCCACCCCCGCCUCCUUCUCCAUACUACUUCGACACGGGCCCCCCUCCAUCCUUCUCUCCACCUCCGCCCCCAGGGAGAGCUUACGACACCAUCAGGUCGAGCUUUAAGCCCAGCCUGGAGGCGAAGCUCCACGGGCUGCCGCAGGUCAUCAGCGCAGCCGAGAUGUACGACCAGGCGAGGAUGUCCAUCCCCUACCCCGAAAGGCAGAAGAGGGCCCGAUCCAUGAUAAUCCUGCAGGAUUCCUCCCAUCUCCCCGUGGAGCCGACGGAGAUCCCCCGGCCCGGCCCGUCCGCAACCCCUCCGGAGAAGCUGAAAAGGAAGGGGAGGGUGAUCGACAACCCCUACGCCAACAUGGGGCAGUUCAACGUCAGCCUGUUCGCUCCCACCAAGCCGCAGAGGAAGAAGAGCCCUCUGGUCAAGCAGCUGCAGGUGGAGGACGCGCAGGAGAGGGCGGCCCUGUCCAUCACGGGGGGCUUCACCAGGGAGCCCUCGCCCACCCGCCGCAGCCAUCGCCUGAGCGGCGUGGACUACCAGCACCACGCCGGCCUCGCGCAGGUCGAAGCCACGAGCAUCCCCUUCGCCACUGCCAUCGCUGGGGUCAUGAAGGACAGAGACCGGCGUCUGGACGAGAAGCGCAAAUCCACUGUCUUCCUCUCGGUCGGGGCCAUCGAAGGCACCCCCCCCAGCAGCGACAUGCCAUCCCUGCAGCAGUCCAGGUCUAUCGAUGAGCGGUUGUUAGGAAGCCGAGAUGUACUACUGCCUUCCCCCGUCUCAGCUUUAAAGCCAUUAAUUAGCAGCUCAUCCUCUACGUUCAUCCACCCCCUGACGGGAAAGCCCCUGGAUCCCAACUCGCCACUGGCGCUUGCGCUGGCCGCAAGGGAGAGGGCCCUCUCCACCCAAGUCCCAUCCCGGUCGCCCACCCCGAUCCACAGCCCGGACUCCGACAGAGCGGCGCCGCUGUUCGUGGACAUCCAAACCAAAGAACCGGAGAGGGUGGAGCUGGAGAGCUUGGUGUCCCCCGCCUAUUCGCCCGGAGCGAAAGGGGCCGUGGCGGCCGAGGCGGCGGCGCUGACCCCCGCCAAGAGCCCGUGGGGAACCCCGUCCACGCUGAGGAAAGAAGCCGAGGCGAGGGUGGAAGCGCCCGGCAAGGAGGAGAAGAAGCCGGAAGACAAGAAGUCCAUGAUCAUCAGCAUCGUGGACACGUCGCAGCAGAAGACCGCCGGCCUGAUCAUGGUUCACGCCACAAGUAACGGCCAAGACGAGAUCGGACUUGAGCUGAAGGAGGACAAGCCGGCGGUGCCCGAAGCGUGCGCGGAGCCGGCGGAGCCGCCCAAAGCGGAGCCGCAGCCCAGCCCUGCGGGGAAGGGGCCGGGCAGCCCCGCCGCCGCCGCCGCCGCCGACAAGACGCUGGGGCAGGGCAGCUCGGAGGAGGAGGUGGAGCCCUACACCGUGACGCUGCCGCCGGCGCAGCUGUCCUCGAGCGACGAAGAGACCAGGGAGGAGCUGGCCAAGAUCGGGCUGGUGCCUCCGCCCGACGAGUUCGCCAACGGGGUCCUGGUCACCACCCCCGGCACCCCCGUCAGCCACCUGGCGGCGCCCAGCACGCCAUCCGCACCAGCGGCAGCAGGAGCUCCUCCGACCGCGGGCGGAACACCCUCAGGGAAGCCCCCCGACGCCCCAGCGGCCCCGGAGUCGGCGGCCGACUCCGGUGUGGAAGAGGUGGACACGAGGAGUUCGAGCGACCACCACCUGGAGACCACGAGCACCAUCUCCACGGUCUCCAGCAUGUCGACGCUGUCCUCGGAGAGCGGGGAGCCCACUGACACAUACACUUCCUUUGCGGACGGACAAACUUUUAUACUCGAGAAGCCACCAGUGCCUCCAAAGCCAAAACUCAAGUCCCAGCUCAGCAAGGGGCCAGUUACUUUCAGGGACCCACUUUUGAAGCAGUCUUCGGACAGCGAGCUCAUCUCCCAGCAACAUGCGGCCACGCUGGCGUCCGCCAGCAUUGGCCGGCCACGCUACCUCUUUCAGAGAAGGUCCAAGCUAUGGGGGGACCCCAUGGAGAGCCGGCCGAUCCACGGGGCUGACGACGACAAGCCAACUGUGAUCAGCGAGCUGAGCUCCCGCCUGCAGCAGCUGAACAAGGACACGCGGUCGCUGGGGGAAGAGCCGGCCGGCUCCGCGCUGGAUCCCGGCAAGAAGUCUCCGGUGGUCGCGGCACGACUUUUCAGUAGUUUAGGAGAACUCAGCACCAUUUCCCAGCGGAGCUCCGGGACCACCUACACGGUUCGACCUGGCAGUCGCUACCCCGUAACCCGACGUACCCCCAGCCCCGUGAAGCCGGCUCUGGAUCGGACAGAGCCGCUCAGCACCGUGCGGCCCUACGGCCUGACCCCUCCCACCAUCCUCAAAUCUUCCAGCCUCUCCAUCCCACACGAGCCCAAGGAGGUGCGCUUUGUGGUCAGGAGUGUGAGCGCCCGGAGCCGCUCCCCGUCCCCAUCCCCCUCGCCAGGGCCGCCCCUGCACACCCUCCACCCGCCGAGGCCCUUCAUGCAGAAACCCCUCCACCUGUGGAACAAGUACGACGUUGGGGACUGGCUGGAAAGCAUCAACUUGGUGGAGCACCGAGACAAGUUUGAGGACCAUGAGAUCGAGGGCACGCAUCUGCCCGCCCUCACCAAGGAGGACUUUGUGGAGUUGGGGGUGACACGGGUCGGGCACCGGAUGAACAUCGAGCGGGCACUCAAGCAGCUGGUAGACAGCUGACCA